AUGGUUUCGAUGCCGAGUUUCUCGUGGCGGUCUUCGCCUACAGGUCCUGCUGGCACGGCGGCAGCGGCUGCUGCAGCGGUGGCGGUGGCAUACGGCUCGGCGGCGGCGACGUCGGCCGCUGUUCCCUCCGCUCCGCCGGCCUCUUCCUCAGAAGAGGCGUCGGUGGCGAGGUCAAACUCCACGUUCUCACGCUCGGCGUCAUGUUCUUUGUCCAGCAGUGAAGCAGCCGCUACUGCUGCUACCGCCGCGGCCAUUGGUGCCGGCGGGGACGGUAUCGUGUCUAGCGGUGCUGUCGAUGGUGAUUUUGGCCCUCCAACCUUUCCAUCGAGCGGAGCAGCUUCCCUCACGGCCGAGGAAGACGUGGUGUGCGGCGUCGGGAACAGCAGUACACCGUUUGGCAAUGGCAGCGGCAGCACUGCCCAGGCUGUCGGUGGCAACCUCGCGCUGCAUAAUCUAGGCGAGCUGGCGACCGGGAGGGGACAUGAUUCUGCGAGGACCGGCGGUGAACCUUCUGGUAGCGUCAGCAGUUACAGGUUGUCCAUCGAAGAGGCGGACGAGGAAGUGGAGAAGGCAGGGGGUACGAUGAAGGCCUCAUCGGAGAACCAGAACUCCGAGCGGCGUAUGAGCCCGCCGUGGGACGACUCCAUGCUGGGUCUCCGCGGCCUCACCCCAGACGAACUGGUUGCUAGGGUGCUCCAGGCAGAGAAAGAGUCGCGCCACUGGCAAGCCCAGCACGCUCUUGUCGACCGCAAGCUAACCGACCUGUUGACGGCGAUGACGAAGCACAGCCGACGACCUGGCGGCGACGGCGACUGCAAUGUCCACAGCGGCGGCAGCCUUAACGGGGAGACUGCAUGCGUGCCUCCGGAGGAUGCUACAACCACUGGGCAGGGGUCAUCGGCAUUAGCUGCCGGCUCGUGUCCCGAACAGCCGUCGUGUUUCUCGCCCCACAGAGGUGGACGAGCGACAGAAACAACGGAGGAGACGCCGUGGCUUGUUACCCCAGCUGAUGUGGGUGACGCGGGCACGUCGCUUGAGACCAAUGGUGCCCUAAACCGUGGGUGCGAUGGUGCUGACGAGGCGAGAGAAAAAACUGCCAGAGGUAUGAUUGACGAAUGGAAUGGCGACGGGAUGCCGAUUUCGCCAAGGAAAGCAACGAUCGACGGUGCACGAGGAAAGAAACCGAUGCUACACAACCGCGGUGGCGGCAUUGCUGUGGUUGAUCACGCAUCCACCAACAAGCGUUCUCCGCGGAGCACACCGGUUGGCGUGGCGGCCGCGGACAGCGGCGACAGCAAUAAUCGUAACAACGACACCAAAGACAGCGGCAACAGUAGCCCGCCUCAGCAGAUGACUUUCAAGGAACGUCGUGCCGUGUUCUCCUCCAACAACUCCGUUCCGGCCCUCCCGGGGGCCGUUGCUUUGCCUUGGUCCGUUGCGGUGGGGAAAGUGGACACCUGCAACACGCCUUCGCUGCCCCAGUCGUCGAUGCAGCGGACAGGGUCUUGCACACCACCCACCAUCGCGGCGUUUUCCCCGGCCGCCGUGGAGGCCGCCCGCCAGAACCUUAAACGCAGCAAAACCUCGGCAAAGCGUGUUUCGGCACUGGUGGGGGUGGCGGCAACCGGAACCUCACCCCGCCGGGGCAGGGGGCCACCCUGCCGUUUGUCUGGCUCCCGGUCGUCGGCCGCCUCGGUAACGCCGGUCUUGCUCUCUUCUUCCGCGGCGUCAUCCCCGUCCACCGCGCCGUUCACGCCACCGCGUUCACGCCACCACCGCGGCACCGCCGCCGCCGCGCCCUCCCCGCCGGCGCCGUCCCCGUGCAGCACGGCGGACAGGUUUAGGACUACGCCCGGCAGCCCCGCAAGGCUGUCGUCAGCGUCGUCGACUUCAUCGUGGGUGCCUUCGCCGCAAUCUUCUUGGGCGCCGUUUUCGCCCCAACUCGAAUCGCCCCCGUCCUUUCCGAAGCCGAUCACGGAGAUGGGGAGGCGAGCGAGAGCUGUCGCUCCAGACGAUGGUGGCAAGCUCGAUGACGAGGAGUUCGGGGAUUCGGACGUGCUGCUGUCCGUUCGGUCAGGGUUCUGGCAGGGAUGGCCCGGCGGCCGCUGCCAACGAGCAACGGGGACCCCUCGCGAAUCUUCCGUCUCCUUUCUUCCGUCGAAAGUUGAUCUUCCAGGAGGGGGGCGGCCCGGUGUGAGAAGCGAUGUAGGCAUAGGCUCAGGGACGGACCAGCCCAGACACCAGCAGCAGCAGCAGCAGCAGCAGCAGCAGCGGCGGGGGUGUGGAACCGCUAGGCCCGCGACCGGUGGCGAUGGUGCCGGCGGCGACGUUUCCUUCUCUCCUGGCGCCGGUGCUUCUUCUUCCCUUUCGGGAACCUCGCGGUCUUGGUCACCGGCGGUCAAGUUCAGUCCGUCGGGACCCCCUUCCCUGUCGCCCACGCAUGCCAAGGCCGUAUCCGCUUCGUCCUCUUCGAUGGCCUCCGUGAUUCUUGAGACAGCGGGGGCGGCGCCGGCGGCACCAGCAUCGCGUCUGCCGCCAACGGCGCCGACACUAGCGUCUCGCGCGACCGCGUCGCACCCAGCAGCUUUGCAACCUGCACUUGCAGCCACAGAACAUUCGGGAUCUGCGGCGGCCUCGACCCCGUUUUGGAGUGGGACCGCCCUCAGGCAGAAAUCCGUACGAUUGCAGCAGCCGUCGGUUUCCAAAUGUCACGUUCCUGCUGCUGCCAUUUCCGAUCCGAACCUCGUGCCCGAGAAUGAUCGCAUCGAGGGAGCGUCACUAGCAGCAGGAACACGAGACGUGGAGGGACGUGACGGGGUCAAGGUGUGCUACGGCAGCUUUGGUGGUGGAGGCGGUGGCGGAGGCGGAACAUCAACGAGACAAAAACUCCCCGACUCCAAACGUUCGUUGGCGUCCCCCCAAGAUGACGUUGCCGCUUCGUUCCGUGGCGGCGGCGGCGGCGGCGGCGGCAGCGUGGAGGACGCGUGGAAGGAGAGGCCUCCGGGUGUUGGGCCGUGGCCGUUGUUCGAACGGACGAGAGAGGGUAGGGCCUCCCUCGAUGACAAGCUGCACGUCAGCAACCGCGGGUCCGCUGGCUCUGGUGGAGGGACGAGAAAGAUCGAAAGGUUAACAGCGCCGGAAACGAAAGGCGAGCCGACGGCGAGGGUGGUGAUCCCGUCGGUGGCGGCCGAAGCUGACCCCGAAGUCUCCAUCGGGAAUAUCGGCACAAUGCAGGCUUCUAGGCUUCGAGCUUUGCGGGAGAAAAUGGAACGGCGUUAUUCCUGGGCACGCGGGACGACGAUACCUGCGACAAAGGCGGCCGCGACCAGCUUAGCGGUCAACAUCGCCGCUUCGCCGCCGAUCCCUGAGGGAUCCCACUCGUCCUUCCACAUGUCGGCGGCGUACUCACGUCAGAGCCAGGAGGGGAUGGUGGAAAAGCCCUGGGGAACGGCGACGAGCAGGACCGGGGUCGUCGAAGCGCACGCCCACAACAAUGGUAGCGGGCCUCCGCCUAACCAAUCCUCCGAGGGGUUCAAGCUGAUGGUACCGGGUGGGUGGGACCCUCCCAAGUAA